CCCCCCCCCCAUGGCAACCAGCGGAGCUCCGGAAGUGGCAGCCCAGGCUGCAGGGGGUCGAAGUUCACAGGCCGGAAGCCCCGCCGGUGAGCCUAGCGCAGCGUCCCAGGGCCUGUCCCUGCGCCUCGGGGCUAUGGCAGCUGCUGGCCCGGCUGAGGUGGUGGUGGUGGGAUCCUGCAUGACCGACCUGGUCAGCCUUACCACUCGUCUACCAAAAGCUGGAGAAACUAUCCAUGGACAUAAGUUUUUCAUUGGUUUUGGGGGGAAAGGAGCCAAUCAGUGCAUCCAGGCUGCUCGACUUGGGGCCAAGACCUUGAUGAUUUGUAAGGUUGGGAAAGACUCGUUUGGCAAUGAUUAUAUUGAAAAUUUCAAGAGAAAUGGGAUUUCUACAGAAUUUGUAGGUCAGACUGAGGAUGCUGCUACUGGAGCUGCUUCAAUAAUUGUUAACAGUGAAGGACAGAAUGUUAUUGUCAUAGUCGCAGGAGCCAAUUUGCUUUUGGAUUCUGAAGACCUGAAGAGGGCUGCCAAUGCCAUUUGCAAGGCCAAAGUGAUCAUCUGCCAGCUAGAAAUAACACCUGCUAUUUCUCUGGAAGCCCUAAAAAUGGCAUACGCCAAUGGAGUGAAGACCUUAUUUAAUCCUGCUCCAGCUCAUGCAGAACUAGAUCCACAAUUUUACACCCAUUCCGACAUCUUCUGUUGCAACGAAAGUGAGGCAGAAAUUUUAACAGGCACCCCAGUGGGCAGCCCUGAAGAUGCUGGGAAGGUGGGACUCGUGCUAUUAGAAAGAGGCUGCAAACUAGUAAUUGUUACUCUGGGAGCAGAAGGCUGUGUGAUGAUAUCAGUGGAUGAUCCUAUUCCAAAGCAUGUUCCUGCUGGGAAGGUCAGGGCUGUGGACACUACGACUCCAGUUCUACAUUGUGCCGACUGUAGAUACUUAAGAGUAAGGCAGGACAGAGCUGACCAAGAUGCAGGGGGGCUGGCGACAGUUUUGUGGGCGCACUGGCUUUCUUCAUGGCUUGCUAUCCCAAUCUAUCCAUGGAAGAAGUGAUCAGGAAGUCAAACUUCAUCGCAUCAGUGAGCGUCCAGGCAUCAGGGACGCAGUCUUCCUAUCCCUACAGGAAGGACCUGCCCCAGGAUCUUUUCUAACUUGUGGUGUCAGACAUCUGUAUGUGCUGAUUGUACAAUAUCCCAGGGAAGGGAGUUCUGAUUGUGCAGAGGCAAACUUUUUUUUCCCAUAAGAGAUUCCAGGAAAGUCUUUACUCCCUUCUCAAUCAUUGAUUCCCUGCUAGACUCUGGUCUAUAGUAGAGCAAUUGGGUUGCACUCUUUCAUUCCAGCGAAAUACCGUGGAUCUGUCCCUUGCCCUACACACUGUGCAGGACAAACAUUGACUACGAAGUUUUGCCAUUAAUGUGUUCAACAUUUCACUCCACAAACUCAUGUCUAUAAACUAAAGAGACAUUCCACAAUAUGAGUAGGGAUGACUUAGCUCUGAAAUUCAGUGGCCUCCACAGACUUUGCUGUGCUCUCCACUAAUUAAGACUCUCAUUGAUUUUGAUCAAGUUUCACAGCUGCCAACCAGGGAUAUCGCUAGUGAAAUGUGAAUUAUAGUUAGCUUUGAGUUUUC